UCUAGUCAAAACUGAUCAUGCUGCCGCAUCCACCAUAAGGGGCAAACCUGCCUGUCUUUCUUUUAUAACAGCACACCAAAGACAAACAUUAGGAAACUCCAAAGAAGAACCCUUCUUCAGCAACAACAAUAAUGGACCCCAGAAUCUGGAGCAAACUACCUCCUGAUGUUGUGGAACACAUACUUUUGUUACUCCCUCUCAAAACACUCUUGAAUCUCAGACCCACUUGCAAGGCCUUCACCUCUCUCCUCUUUUCACCUUCCUUUGUUUCCAAACACUCUUCUUCUUCUUCCUCACCCUUCUCUUCCUAUCUCUUAAUUUCCCACCCUCAGUGCCCUCACUAUUUCCGUCUCUACGAUUCCAACCUUUGCUCUUGGCGCACCCUCUCUCUAUCCCUCUCUAACUCUCUCCACUUAUCUGCUUCCUUCACUCUUGUUUCCUCUUCUGGUGGCCUCUUUUGUCUCUACAACCCCACCUCUUCUUCCUUUCUUGUGCACAACCUCUUUGUCAGGUCCUCUAGAAAAAUCGAAUCCCCAAUAACUCGCUCUCGUCACUUGGGACAUGUCACUUUUGUUACCACCCCUCUUGGCUACUACAUAGUGCUUCUUUGUUCAAAGUCAACUUCCAACACCAGUGUCUUUGUUUACGACUCUAGUAAACUCUCUUGGCGGUGUUUUGAGGGUUUUAAUGUUGUUUUCAGCGACAGUUUUCACCAGCAGGGUACUUUCUUUGAUGGGGGGUUGUAUUUCACCACCCCUGAACCGUUUUCGGUGGUGUUUUUUGAUUUGGAGAGUGGUGAAUGGGAGAGGUACGUUGCUGAGUUGCCACAACAAGUCACUUUCGUGAGGCUGGUGAGUGAUGAAGAAGGGAAGUUGUAUCUGCUUGGUGGGGUUGGGAACGAUGGUAUCUCGAGGAGCAUCAAGUUGUGGGAAUUGAUAAAGGGUGAAAGGGUUUGGGUGGAAGUGGUGGGGUUGCCUGAGAUUAUGUGUAGAAAAUUUGUGUCGGUUUGUUACCAUAACUAUGAGCAUGUUUAUUGCUUCUGGCACGAGGGAAUGAUCUGCGUUUGCUGCUAUAUGUGGCCGGAGAUAUUGUAUUACAGUGUUCUGAGGAGGACUUGGGAUUGGCUUCCAAGGUGCCCCUAUUUGCCUCUGAAAUUUAGCUGUGGUUUCAAGUGGUUUUCUUUUGUUCCAAAGCUCUAUGCUUCGGUAUGAGUUGUAGAAAUUCUCACAUAAUCUAAGACCAUCGUGCUUCUAUAGUUUUGAUCAAUCUUCAUGUGGUAUAUAAUUGGAACUUUCAGUUUACAAAGAUAAUUAUAAGACUUAAUUAUGUAUCACAUAGAAGUUGGUCAAGAACUUAUGUACGUAGUAGUCUUAGAUCAUGUAGUAAUUUUUCAUGCGAGUGAAGUUCUCUUGUUUAGUAAUAUGGAGUAGUGUUGGAUUGGAUCCUUUUAGAUUCGUAUAGUCACGAACUCAUGCUGUUGUUUUGGAUAUAUAAUAAUAAUGCAUGUAACUUGUAAGUUCUGUGUGAUGACUUUUGGAAUUUAUUUUGUCCAAGGACUAUAUGAUAGA